AUGGUCGUACUUGUAAUACUGUCGUUAGUUGUUGCUGGUAUUGUUGUGUAUCUAGGCUAUCGGGAUGGAUUGUUCAACUCUAUCUUAAAGAGAAAUACCGAUGAUACUGUUUAAUAUUUUAAUCUUAAUUAUUCCAGGGUACGAAUACGGUUCGAUGUUGGAUGCACUGCGGUGCUGUAUAAAAGAAGCUGGGCAAGUUGCAGAUUUACAUGAAGAAUGUCGAAUGAAGUUAAUUGGUGAUGGAGGCCCAUUCUCUUGCAUAAACAGGUGGAAAAGGGCACAUUGCCAUAAAACAUUAUUUGGUGGCGUUCAGGAAAUACGACAAUUUGAAGAAGAUUUCUCAAAUGCUCAAAGCGGAUAUAUGAAACUACUGUCUAAAAUCAAGAAAGCGAGGAAGGCCUAUCACAUGGCGGUGGUCGCAGCGCAUAAAACUCAGAAGUUCGCAGAAGAGGAAAGUAAGAAGGAAAUCGUUGGUACUGAAACAAAAAAUAAAUUAUUCAAACGGGCAGAACAGCAUGCCAAACAUCGGGAACACAUGAAGAAAGUUUAUCUUAAAGGCAUUUUAAUGUGUAAUGGGAAAAUGAAGGAACGGUAUUUCCAGAAAAUGACGUCUGAAUUCAAUAAAUGCCAACUUUUUGAGAAAGAGCGACUUGAGAGCCUAAAGUAUGAGCUACUGAGAUUUGUUAACGCUCUCGACAUUUCAGUUUUACCGGGAUACGACGGUAUAUAUGAACAAAUAAAGAAUAAAAUAGAAUCGGCGUGCGCCAACGACGAUGUUGAGAUCUGGAGCAAGAAACACGGUGCGUCAAUGAAACCAUAUUGGCCUUCGUUUGAGGAAUUUAAUUUAAGUCAUCUCGACGAGGAUAAACCUGGUUUCAAGGGAUUGUUUCAUAUCGACGAACAGAUCGACAAAGACGACCUUUGGUACGAUUGUUUUGAGUCAGAUUUUGAAGAUGAAGAGCUUUUGCCUAAUCAAACAUGGAAAGAGUAUGUUGCCAAACAGGUGAACGAGGCAGAAAGAAAACGGGUGUCACAAAAUUUAGCUCUUUCUGCAGUUCAGCAACGACUCCUGUUCCUCGCUCACAAGAAAGCCGCUCAGCAGAAACCCAGUACAUCAUCCACACAAGCCUCUUCAAAUCAUGGUUGCAACAAGGACGCCACAGGUUACAUACAACCAAAUGAUAAGCGGGAGAAGGGAUCGAAUAUCUUCAAGCAACACAGUAGCUCUCUGAGGAGCACUAGUUAUACAAAACCGAAUGAUAAGCAGGAGGUAGGAUCACAUGUCUUCGGGCAACACAGUAGCUCCCUCUGGAGCACUGACACUGGUUCUGCCAACAACGCUACCAACAGUUGUGUCUGGUCGCAUGGCAGCCAAUCAGAACGUGUGGCGCGUGACACAGAAGCAGUUCAGUCCUGUCAUGCAGUAACGCAAUGUCGAGAAACAUGUGACACAGGACCCAGAAUGCUGGAUAAAGCAAAUGAUCCAAUGAAAAGUAAGCAGAGGUCACAUCGAAACCUGUUGCUCCAACCUUCCGACCAAACCGAACAUCGGGUGCAAGCUUUGUGGAAUUUUGAACCUGGUCAGCACGACGAACUCGCACUAAUGAGAGGUGAAGUUUUCUUUCAACUUGGCCAGACCAACGAUGAUGGUUGGGCGUACGGUCGUAUCGGCAGCAGGACUGGUCUCUUUCCAGCUGGUUACGUCCGACUACUUAAACCUGAAUACAUUUCCACAAAUGUGACAUCGACUAUUCCAGUUGGUUCGUCAGAAUCCAUAAACAAUAAUUAGUUGUUACCGAUUACGACACUGUUUAAUACAAUUCAUUUGAAAUGAAAUCGUCUACUAUCCAGCCUAUAUAUUUAUGCAAAUAAAACAAUUAUAAUAUAUGCGUGUUUAUGCAUUUGCGUAUCUUUGGGGGCGUGGGGGAACGCAUGCCCUCUAAAUAAGCUUCCACCUUCUAGCCCCCACCACACUGGAAAUUUUCUGAGCAAAGGAAAUUUAUCUAGCCUUCAGCACUGAAAUGGGAAUUAUCGCUCGCCAGGCGGUGGACUCGGGUUCAUUUCCCAGCAGAUGCACAUAUAUUACUUUUUUAUUAUUUUGGUAUUUUGAAUUUGCAAUUAUGUUAUAAUUUCUUCUAAUAGUGUAGUUUUCAACGUCUGUUUGUUUAUAUGGAAAUCAAACUUCAAUAAAAUAGGCACUGGUUAACUUUGAGAAGUUACAUUAGGGAAUGACAUGAAUAAACUUAAAAAGAAACUGACCGUCAUUUUGCUUUGCAAUUUACCUAAAACUUCGCACAUGACCAACAAGAGCUGCCUUAUUCUUUCGCCUCUAAUCCACCUUCUCUUGAAUUUAACAAUACCAUAUAAAUUUCAAUCUAAAAAAGAGGUUUGUGUGGGAGUUGUACCCGGAAUGUCUCACACCCUAAUGGGACCCAGGACUAGCCAUAUUAAUAAUGUUAUAUGCUGAAACAAAUACAUGCUGAUAAAGCCACUAUAUAAAAAAAGAACGAACCAUGAUGCAAUCAAUCAAUCAAUCAACAUAUAUGUUGUAUUUGUGACAAGUGUGACCAUGGCACUCUGGUCGAUCGCUGAUGUGGUUUGUACGUCAGUAAUUAUAAAUGAUUGUAGGAUGAGCCGAAUUAAUGUUCAGAACCUGUC